AUGGCGGGGCUUGCUGGUGCACUGGGCUACCUCACUCUGAUGACCAGGGAUGAUGUUUGGAUGAUUUUGGACGGGGAGAUGACGCAGCACCGCAGGGCCUUCUCAGCGGCCAGAGAGGAGGCUGACCCGCUUGUGCAGACAGCGGGCUCUGGCUCGACUAAGCAGGUGCAGGUUGACCGCGAGCGGCUAUUCUUGUUCUACAAGAGCGACACGGCGGGUGUCGAGACCCUGUUCACCCCAGACCGGCUUGCAAGCAUUUGCGAAUUGGAAAAGACCAUGGUCAACAACUCUUUGGUGGAGGACGUGACUCUGAUGGAUUCCGUUCUCGGCCUCUUCUAUGGGACGGCGGCAAAUCCUGCGCUGCAAUCGAUCCCUGCCGCACGAACGUUGGCAAGUUAUGACUGGGGCUGUCAGAAGCUGGCAGACGCUGACGUGGAUGAUGUGGUGGAGAAAGCGUAUGCGGACAUGGUCGCAAAGGGUCCGCAGUCGCUCUACGCAAGGUUUGUUGACCCCUAUUUUCCACAGACCAAGAAGAGCGCCUACAGCCGGACCUUUCUGCAGAUAAAUGUCGUGCCAGAUCAGGGAGAGGCGGUAGUCCAGCCGGCCUUUGACUACCUGGGCCUGGCAUAUGGCUUUCUUAAAUCCGCCCUCCAGGGUGAUGAAGAUCGCUUCGUUGCUUCCGGCAAUAUCCGAGUGCGCCUCACCUACACCGGCAUCAACGAGAUCCAGAAAAUGGCCAUUCCGGACUUCAUGUUGUCCUUCAUGGCAGUCGCUCUGGUAUUCAUCAUUGUGUGGCUCCACACAAAAUCCAGCUUCCUCGCAGCCACCAGUUUGUUCAUGAUGAUCAUGAGCUUGCCAAUGGCAGCGCUCAUUUAUCAGGGAGUCUUUCGGGUCCUCUACUUUGAAUUCCUCCAUAUCUUGGUGGUCUACCUGGUUCUUGGUAUCGGGGCUGAUGACAUUUUCGUGUUCAAAGACACCUUCUGCCACAUUGUCAAGGCUGAAUACCCUUUCCUUGCUGGUGGCCGGCUCUCCGAAGACCAGGAGAUCAAAGUCCUGUCGCUGACGUAUCAACGUGCCGGCGUCGCCAUCUUCAACACUUCCUUCACCACAGCGGCAGCCUUCACAUCCGCAUCGGUGUCCAAAGCAAUGCCCAUGAGGACUUGCGGAUGGUUCGCGGCCACCUGCAUUAUCAUGGUCUACGUGCUGACGCUGACGUACUUUCCUCCUUUGCUUCUGAUGUGGCACCGGCGCCUGCAAUCCAAGAGAUGUUUUUGCCCCAGCCUCACGGAGCGGGAGACCUCGGUGGUGCCAACGCAAGGCGACAAAGUCAAGGAGGAGCCGAUGGGAUUUGUAGAGACCUUCUUCGAGAAGCUUUACAUACCAGUGAUGUCCAAGAAGGUGGGCCAAGUUCGGAUCUUCGCGUUGAUGAUCUUUGUGAUCCUGCUCGUGGUCGCCAUCCAAGGAGUUGCCUUCGCCUUGCAGCUGACCCCGCCGCGGUCCGAGGAGGUGUGGUUCCCAAGCAAUCAUAUGCUGCUGAGCCUUCAAGACUUUAUGGCGGAUAACUUCUACACACCAGCAUUUGAGAACUAUGGCGUCGUCACGGUAUUCUUUGGCAUCUCCGGCUUGGACCGUGCAGGUAUUGACGUGUAUAAUCCAGGAGCAUUCACGGGCACUGCCAUUUACGACAGCGGCUUCGACUUGACUACCCAGGAGGCGCAGACGGCUCUGCUGGGCAUUUGCUCAAAGGUGCACAACAUCACAUGUGAGAUGGAGGGGUGCGACAACGCGGGGUACAACAGUCUGAUGAUGCAGACAACAGAAAGGACAGACGCCUGCUUCCUGGAAGACUUCAAGCACUGGAUGAACGGGACAUUGCCUACUGGGACUUUGUUCACAGAGAAGCUCCUGGAGUUUCGCCGCAGCGCAAACAAAGGUGACUACUAUGGGGAUUUGAUGGGACCCACGGUGAACUACGAGAAGGACAUUGGCUUUGUCGAUGGGGAGCUGAAGUACGUGGCCCUUCAUUUCCGCAGCGCCAUGAAAAAGCGGCUACCUUUCUCCCUAGGCACCGCGAUUCGUGACCACAUCCGACAGUGGAUGAUCGAGCAGCGAGGAUCGUUGCCUGCAAGUUUGCAGAGCAUGAAGUUCCACGGGAACGGCGAAUUCCAGAGGUAUGACAUGGGGGAGGAGCUCAUUAAUGGCCUUUUCUCCGGCGUGGCCAUUGCCAUGCCCAUUUCCUUCCUGGUCUUGCUGUGCUCCACGCAGAAUGUGGUCGUGGCGAUUUAUGCAGUCAUCAGUGUGGCAUUCAUUGUCAUGUGUGUGCUGGGCUUCUGCAAGAGCGCGAUGGAUUGGGACUUGGGCGUGGGUGAAGCCAUUGCUGGCGUCAUUGUCAUUGGUUACUCGGUCGACUACGUGGUGCACCUUGCUCACAUGUACUGCGAGAGCAGUCACUUUGGUCACUACACCCGUGAUGCGCGUGCCAAGUUUGCCAUUCGCAACAUGGGCUCAACAAUUUUUGCAGGUGCUCUCACCACAAUGCUCGCCGGUGCAACGAUGUUUAUUUGCUGGUUUUCCUUCUUCAUUAAGAUGGCCAUCCUGAUCUGUGUCACGAUCAUGUACUCCUUCCUUUUCUCCCUGCUGUUCUUCAUGUCACUUCUUUGGCUGGCAGGACCGGAGGACAACUUCGGCACCAUUCCGAUGGACAAGCUGCUUCACCGUCCAGAGGCCAAGGUGGAUGCCUCCAUCAUGAACGACACGCCUCAGGAGGUAAACUAUGCCAGCCCUUCCAAAGACGGGAAAGAGGGCGACCUGAAAGCUGAGGAGAUUGACGAAGGGACUCGCUCUGCACCCGUUCCAACGAUGAAGGCUUAG